AUGCGUCACUGUCAGUGGGAGAUGGCAGCAGAGAGAGAAGGGGAGGCAAAAGCACAAGCAAGUAAGAGGAAGUCAGUCAUUGUUCACCGCCAGAGGACAUGCAAGAAGAUCAUUGCUUUGAAACGCAACAACCAAGGCCUCGUUUUGAUUUCCAGUGAAAUGCUGAGUCCAUCCAGGCCAGGACCAGGGAUGUGCAGUGAGGAGGACGGCCGUGGAUCUGAACCGGGGUCAGAAGUCGGCUCCGGGCUUGAGACGGAUCGUUUUGGCUUCAUCGUGUCCGAUGGAUCUGAAGCUCGCAGGACUGUGGGCCCGCGCCCUCAACUGGUCAGGCAGAGGGAAGCCAAGUGGAUCAACGUCAUGGACCAAUGGGAGAGCAUCUUGUUCAAGAAGAAUAACAUGGUCAAAGUUCAGUGUCAGAAAGGUAUCCCAUCCUCACUUAGAGCAAAGUGCUGGCCUCUGCUCUGUGGCGCCACCAACAGGAUGAACAACAACAAACACCUCUACCAGUGUCUGGACUCUAAGGCCGCGCUGCAGAAGUGGGUGGACGUCAUCGAGAGAGAUCUGGACCGACAGUUUCCUUUCCACGAGAUGUUCCUCUCCAAGGAGGGACACGGGUACGCUGCAUUACGUCAUCGCUGGUAUUCAUUGCUGCCGUUUCUCAGAAUUUCUAUCACCGUGCUUGUGUUUAGGCAGCAAGGAUUGUUCAGAGUGUUGAAAGCUUUCACUCAGUACAAGCCCGAGGAUGGCUAUUGUCAGGCUCAAGGACCAGUGGCUGCAGUCCUCUUGAUGAACAUGCCAGCUGAGGAGGCCUUCUGGUGUCUGGUGCAAAUUAGCGAGCGCUACCUCCCUGGAUACUACAGCCCUCUCCUGGAGGGAGUCCUGUUCGACGCGACUCUUCUCACCUGGCUUUUAAGAAGAACGUGUCCUCCCGCACACAAACACCUGCAGCAGCACGGCGUGGAGCCCCUCAUGUUCGCCACCGACUGGCUGAUGUGCUUGUUCACGCGCCACCUGCCCUUCAACGCCCUGCUGCGAGUGUGGGACCUGUUUUUCUGCAACGGGGCGGGGGUGCUGCUGCAGGUGGCGGUGGUGCUGGUGCGGAGGGUGCUGGGUCGGGCCGAGCAAAGGAGGGAGUGUCAGGGCCAGAUGGAGACCCUGCAGAGGCUGAGGAACGUCCGAUGUGAGGUCCAAGAGGUGGAGGACGACUUCAUAGCAGAGGUGUGUGCUAUACCGCUAUCAGCCAGCGAUCUGGGGAGGCAUACAGAAAAGGAGCUGGCAAAGUGGAGAAAAGACAGACCCUCGUCCACCUUGGACCCCAGAGGUCGCUGCCAGGGUUACCGAAUGGCCUGGGCUCAACUCAACCGAGAGAGAGAGCCGGAGAACUUCUUCGUGCCCCUCACUCGCUCGGCCUCCAGCCUGCUGCUGUCUACUUCGAGGUGGAAAAAAGGCGGGCACGCCGGGGGGAAGGUUGCCCGGCAUCUGUCGAUGCAAGCCAAGGACUGGAGGAGCUGCAACGAGUUGAACUUUGAAGAGGAUACAGGUGGCAGUCAUGCACAUAGACUGGGAUCCAUGGCAAAGAGAGAGAUGGCAGAAAUUCAAGUGGAAAAGAUGCAAUCUGCCAAAAACUCAGAGUUCCCAACAAUCAGAGAGGACGGGAGCUCAUCAAAGGGAGGCGUGGAUGAAGAGUCAUCAGCAGGGCUCCACGUACAGGCGCUGACCCAGACCCAGCAACAAUUAGCAACUGAUCAUCCACUUUGCACCGACCUAUGUGAGACCAACACCCUUGUUGAAUGCAUCCAUCAGCAAGGAGGCAUCAAAAGUGAACAAAAAGAAGCAAAUAAGGAAACAACGGCCAUUGAAGUCUGCAAGGAGACUGCGAGUCCUGCUCAGGAGAGGAAAAGCUCCGGUGAGCUUGCAACAAGCUUUUCGGGCGACGUCUGCAUCCCCGAGUCGUCCAGCUUAACGCGCCGGCUCUCGAAAGAUCUCUUCAUCGACCCCGCUCACACCCUGACCGACUCCCCGACCCCGGCCGUUCCUCACUCCGAAGCAGCUAAACGUAAGCAGCCCAGAAAGAGCAAGCAGAAGGUCGAGAGCGGACUACAAGUCCCGACUAUCUUGGUCCAGGACUUUAGUGACCAACUCGUGGAGGAGGGGAGGCGGCUGGAGAAGAGGAGGUGGUGGCGGCGGCAUCAGCAGGACAGGAAGGAUAAGAAGGAGAGGGAGAAGAAGGAGAAGGAGGGAGAGAGGAGGAAACCGCAAACCAGGGGGGAAAGUUUUCAGGUCCAAAGAGAAACAAUGAAAAGUUAUUUUACCUCUGCUGAAUCUUACUUUUAACACUUCUUGUCAUGUUCGUCAUUUCUUGACAUGCUUAGGAGGUUCUGUUGGCUUUCUUCAAAGCUCCUCAAACACAAACCAGGAGAUCACACUGUAGACCAGACCUGGGCAACUUAAGGCCCCGGGGGCCACAUGCGGCCCGUUAAGCUUCUCAAUCUGGCCCGGCGAACAUUCCCACAUCAUUUUUUUUAAAUGUUUAAGAUGUAAAGUGUAGCUGUCAUUAUGAUGUGCAGUCAUGUUUUCUAAUGACCGUAAGUCUUCAACUAUACUAAGUAGAGAUGUCCGAUAAUGGCUUUUUUGCCGAUAUAUACGAUAUUGUCCAACUCUUAAUUACCGAUCCCAAUAUCAACCGAUACCGAAAUAUACAGUCGUGGAAUUAACACAUUAUUAUGCUUAAUUUUGUAUAUUGUAGCGUCCCGUAAGAGUUAGUGCUGCAAGGGGUUCCGGGUAUUUGUUCUGUUGUGUUUAUGUUGUGUUACGGUGCGGAUGUUCUCCCGAAAUGUGUUUGUCAUUCUUGUUUGGUGUGGGUUCACAGUGUGGCGCAUAUUUGUAACAGUGUUAAAGUUGUUUAUACGGCCACCUUCAGUGUGACCUGUAUGGCUGUUGACCAAGUAUGCGUUGCAUUCAGCUGCGUGUGUGAAAAGCCGUAGAUAUUUUGUGACUGGGCCGGCACGCAAAGGCAGUGCCUUUAAGGUUUAUUGGCGCUCCGUACUUCUCCCUACGUCCGUGUACACAGCGGCGUUUUAGAAAGUCAUACAUUUUACUUCUUGAAACCGAUACCGAUAAUUUCCGAUAUUACAUUUUAGAGCAUUUAUCGGCCGAUAAUAUCGGCAGUCCGAUAUUAUCGGACAUCUCUAAUACUAAGGUUGAAUCUGCGCUUUUGAAUUCUAUACUAGUUACUAUGGUCAUCUAAUUAGUUACUAUGGUAAUGUAAGUCACAGCAUCUCAGACGAGGCACCAAGACGUGUGGGUGGGGAGCGUUUCCACAGAGUGGCCUGAAAUACGGGUGUCAGGGAGAAAGUGAUAUUAUAUCAGAUUGGAGGUGGAGUUUUUUUUUUUACCAUUCGCAUUCAUAUUUCGCCGUGUUUGUUACAGUUUUGUUGCGUUUCGCUUGAUUGUAAAAUAUGUUGAUGGAGAGUGGGUGUGACGUUCAUAUGUUGUCAAUAUUCAGUGUUUUAUCCUUCAUAGUUAAUAUUGUAAAUCCCACAUUCUUUAUAUUCAUGUACAUUUCCUGGGUGUCUCAUUCAGUAGAAAAUUUAAAAUUCCCUUCCGUUUCUUAAGGCGGUCUUUCAUAACGUUUUUAGCAUUCAAUCUGACAUUAUUGUGAGUUUUUGUAUUAGUGUUCCUAAAAAUAGGACCCAAACACACACAUAUUGUACAGCAGAUUGUCACAGUUUAUAUAUGUUUGUGUGUGUGCGUGCGUAUAUUUAUAUUUUUAUAUAUAUAUAUAUAUAUAUAUAUAUAUAUAUAGAUAUAUAUAUAUAUAUACUGGCCCCAGACACAUUUUUAUCUCUAAAUGUGGCCUCC